AUGGAAGUCAAAGAGUUGUGUCUACUACAGUUAUUAAUAAGUGAAGGAUUGUUAAGGAAAGUAUUGACUUAUCUACCUUUAGAUGAUCUUUCUAGCUUUACACAAGCGUAUCCUUUCAUCUCACAAGACACUUUCAUUAAAAAACUUGUAGAGAAAAUAGUACAUGUGACGGGGUCCAUCGAGUUAUUUGGGUCAUUAAAGAAUAGAAGUUGGCGAAGUAUUCUCACACAUAUAUCGAAGAAUUACAAAAAACAAGACUUCUUCUUACCACGAACAGCGAACUCGUUUGGGCUUGGGUAUUCCAAUUCACUCUUUAUCAACCAAAACACAAAUCGAAACACACGACUUGUGGCAAAGUCUAUAUAUCCAUUUGAGGCGGCAGAUCGAAUGGUGUGCUAUUGUAAGUCACAUGGAAAAUACGCCAUUCUCCGCACCCCACUCUUUUACUUCGAAGUUGAAAUAUUACCGAACGCGUCUUCCCAUGUCAUUGACGAGAUGAUAAUUUCAAUAGGAUUUGUAAGUAGCAAGGAUUAUAAUGAGAAGCGCCAUGUUGGGUGGGAAGGAAAUUCGAUAGGGUUUCACUCGGACGAUGGUCGUGUUUUUAAGAACUCUGGCAUGGGUGAAGAGUUUGAUAGGCCGUACACCAGUGGUGAUGUCAUUGGCGCUGCUUUUGAUGUUGUGAAGAGAGCAGCUUUCUUCACACGGAAUGGGAAAAUAGUUCUGAAUAGGAUGUUUUACAAUUUAGGGUUCGAACAGGCGUAUCCUGCAAUAGGAUUUUCGACGUGUUAUUCAGCACGAGUUAAUUUCGGUGAGAAGCCGUUUCUAUUUGACGUGUUUGGGUAUAUCGAGAAUACGAAAUGA